AAACAAACAAAAAAACGCGAAGAAGAGUUUAUGCUGUGGAUGUCAGAGGAGCGAAGCGAGCAGGAGACGCUCGGAGGUCCAAGCGGGUCGUAGGAAUGUAAAGUCCGGGUUCGUCCACAGGGAAAUGGACGAGACAAGGCCUUUGUUGGAAAACCAGCAGCACCAGAACCCAGAUCUUUUGACUCCGAACCUGAGGCCGAGGCACCUGAAUCUGAUUCCGACACCAUGCGGGCCGAUCAAGGCGUGGUCGGAGCUGUCCAAUCUGGUCAAGCUCUACUUCUGCUUCAGCAUCGUGUCCCUGCUGGCGCUGCUCGGCCUCACCGCCUCCAGCAUCUACAAGCAGCGCAACAACACGGCCGUUUCCGACGAGGACAACUUCACGGUGUCCCUGGUUCAGCUGGUUGGAAUAGUGUUCUGCAUCUACUACAUCGGCCGCGGCGUGCUACAGGAGAACCGACAGGAGCUGGUGGCGUUCGUGCUCUGCGUGCUGGUGGUCAUGGUCCGAUCGGUGGUCAACUUCUCCGUGGUGGGCUCCAAGGGCAAGCAGGAGGUUCUGGUCCGCUUCGUGUGCACCAUGUGUCUGGGCGUCGUUCACGUCUUCUGCACCACGCUGCUGCUCCGCGGGCCCAACAUGAUGGCGUUCCGCGUGGGCGGGGCCCUGGAGAGCCUGCAGGAGCAGUACUUCCUCCUCAACCUCUGUUUCUCCAUGGUGACCUUUGACCUGCAGGCACAGCUGUGCCUGUGCAUCCUGAUCACCACGUCGGACUCGGCCAUGUCGGCCACCAACACCAUAAUCCUGGGAGUCGGGGUGUUCUGGGCCUGCCUCACCGCCGCCGUCGGAGCCGUCGCGGUUCUGAAAGAAGCCAAGGUCCUGGUUUGGGUCUUCAUGGUGCAGAACCUUCCUCAAGUGGCCUUCUUCAUUUACCUGAUGUACUCGGUGAUAGAGAAAUGGUUCCAGGACCAAACGUACACCCUGGAGGCGGCCGCCGUCACCGGAGCUUUGAUUUCGCUGCUGAUCAAAGGGGCUUUGUUCUGGGGCCUCAUCAGACUGGUGCAGAGCUUCGGCCAGGGCCUCAGAGAGAGAAUGUUUGCAUCCAGCUAGAGAUUCCACAUCGGCUGGCUGCGCAUCGCGGACCUCACUGCAGCACCGGGGCACGGAGGUGGAGCUCCGGUCUGGACCCAGCGUUAACUCUACCAAAGCAUCGGCCAAGCAUUUCCUGUUUAUUUAAAUUAAGCCUGAGUGUCUGUUUACAGGAGGGGAAAUCCUCUUUUCUUUUCUAAAUUCAACCCUGGCAUUAAAAUCAGUAUUUGUAAUCGUUCCGAGCUUCUCUAAUCCAAAUUUUUGUUUUUUUUUAGCCAGAUUAAUCAUUUAAUGUCCUUUUGAUUUUAUUUUAUUUUUUUAAGUACAUUAAUCAGCUCAUGAAUAAAUGUAAUGUAAAUAUUCCCAGGUUAGCCCAAGGCUUCCUUCUGAUUGCCAAAUCCUUUCGCCUAGUCUCAUUAGGCGACCUCCAAAGUGACCUAAGAGCAAUAUUUACUUUAUAUUGUAAUUAGGCGUCACAAUUAUGCCUAAACAGAACUCUGAGAGCAGAACCAGCUGCGGGUCGGACCUUUUCAGCAGCAGCUGCAGACGUCCCACCGGUCCGGUCCUGGUGGACCAAUAAUCGUUCAGGAGAUUUCAGCUUGUACCGUCACUGUAUGAUAGAAAACGGAUGUUGGUAUAUUUUUUUUGUAACGUGAAUAACUUUUUCCACUGGUGAUGGAGUCACUCCAAUGAUCCGCGUUGUUUUAUGUGCGACUUUUGCUCACUGGGAUUUCUUAACAUUUCGCUGCACCUUAAUGCACUCACUGUUUUUUAUAUAUUCUGCGUUCUUAAUAAAACUCUAAAGCAUA